UCAUUGGUCUGUUUCACAUGUCUGCUGAUGUGCCGGGUUUAGGCAGGUUUUUUUUAUUAUUUCGCAACACAACAGCAUUUAGCAUUUAGCAUUUGAGUGCUGUUUGUUUAUGUAAUCUCUUUUCCGCGGUGUCAUUAGGGGUUUCCUGGGCACUGCUAGCCUUAUUCAAAAAGGGUGGAGACUGAUCUAGACGUAGCAACGUUACAUCCAUCCAUACGUGGCUAACAAACGUUAGCUAGCUGCUCAGUCGAUAUUCACCGUACCGUCAGAAUGGGUGAGGAAAUUAACGACAACCUCAUAAAUACAGGGAAUUGCUCUGAUAAUAACACCAGUGUUGGGGAAAACGGCGAAACAGUGGAGAGUGGUGUACAGUAUUACACAUUAGAAGACAUAAGAUUGCAUAAUAUGUGCAAUGACACAUGGCUCAUCAUCCACGAUAAAGUAUACGACAUCACAGGUUUCCUUGAAGAGCAUCCGGGAGGUGAGGAGGUUUUGCUGGAGCAGGCAGGUGCAGACGCCACAGAGAGCUUUGAGGAUGUGGGUCACUCCACAGAUGCCAGGGAGAUGCUCCAGCAGUACUACAUUGGGGAGCUUCACAUGGAUGACAGGAAAAAGGUGACAACAAAGGAGGUAAAUGUCACAAAUUCAGGAGAGUCCAGUGGUUGGACCACGUGGUUGAUACCUGCUGUCGUCGCGAUCGCUGUUGGUUUCAUGUAUCGUUACUACAUGCUCGAACACAAGUCCUCUUGAGUGCUGGCGUCCUGCUUCCAUCUCUUUCUGUUCAUCUGGAGGCCUUGAGAUGUUUGACCAAAUCCUCCUUACAUCCAACGCACACAAAUUAGGAGUGUCUGCAUCUGCAACAAGAAAAGGAGGGGAGUAGUUUGAUAAAGUACUUUUGUCCUUGUCCGUCUACAUAGAGUGCACCAAAUAGACAGUUGGGCAGAGACUUUAUUAAAUUGGCUGCCUUCAGUUUCUUUGUGUUUCAUUGUCACUAUGCCUGUAUGUCAUUCAUGUUAAAUGUUGUCUUUAACUUAAACUUUCAUAUGCAUUUGACCCAGUUUGUAUGGUUAUUACAUAUUUGCCCUCUGAGAGAAAGGUUUUGUUAACAGCCUGGUUCACCUGCACCAUCAUGAAGUAUGCACAGUGGUGAUACAAUCAGGGUAAUCGUUAACAGUGACCAUUCUACUUUUUACUCUGAAUUCUAUCUUUCAGUACAUUUUCUUAGUUUUAAUAAAGAGAGAAAUGUUACUGCUACCCUACUCCCAGUAAGAAUCACAAGUUUAUUCCAUUCACUCCUUACUGCACAGUUCUCAGCUGCAUUCAUCAUUUGGUUGUAAAUGCAUAAUCUUUCCAAUUAUCUAAAUGCACUGUCAGAUUUUUGUGUGUAGUUGGUGAAUUAUAUUGUAUCAGUGAUUAUUUAAGAUAGCAUGAGUUCAGAAUAUUUUCUACAGGAAUUUGUGUAAAUGUUCAAAAUACUGACCAAUAGAUAAAUAUAAAUUUAUGUAGUAUGUAAGAGUACAGUAAUAUUUUAUUAUGCAGAAAUAAUAGCUGACAGUGAAUGACUGAGUGGAGACCCUUGAAAGAAGAGACGUAUUUGUUCUUUGAUUGUUCUGUCCUUAAAUUUGAUCUCACUAUGCCAUUUGUUAUUUAACUUUGUUUCAUUCUAAUGCAUCUUAACAGAGUGUUCUAGAUGAAUGGUGCUGGCAGACUGUCACUGGAGGGUUUGAAUUAUAUAGAAUGAAGUCUCGUGUGUGUUUCCUGUUUGGCAGCUGUUGGUAAAUUGAAUGACUUGCCAGUUGAAAUUAGAGCCAUAGAUGAGCCACAGUUGGUUACGACACAUAUUUAAUAAUCUGUUUUAGUUGCUCAGCCUUUUUGAAAUUUCUUGGUUGCUGUUCAGAAGAGAAGAGCUUUGCAUCAUGCAGUUUGCUGUAUAUCCUGAAAUAAACCAUUUAUUUCAUAUUACUAUUGAAAACAUUUUCAUCUACAAAGGUCAUAACAAUUUGAAAAACACUUAUCACCUGUCCAUUCACAAAAGUUCCAAAUUUCUGAAUAUAACUUGCUGCUAUUUUUACAGGUGACUACAAAUUUACUCAGACGUCGAAGUGUAGUUGGUUGACUAUAAAUAUCUGCCAUCUCUUUACAUUUCAGCUGCCAUUUCCUGUCAUUAAAAUUAUCUUUGAAUAAAAUUAAUCUUUCUGAAA